UUGUUGCAUGUUUUUUCCUGUCUUCUCAGCCACAAGCCUAUUUAGCAGUGCAGGUGUUUGCUCUCUCAAACCUGCUUUCCUGUCACAAUGAGGAGCUACUUACACAUAGUCACCUUCAUCAUCUUGAACUUCACAGCAGACUGUGGAGCUUUGGUCCAUGUGGUUUACAAGUCAAUAGGAGAAAAAGCACAUCUCACAUUGAAAGACCACCAGAAUAUAACAACAGUGAAAUGGAGGAAGGAUCGUAAACUGAUUGCAUUUGUAGAAAACAAAAAGCCGAGUACAAAGUGUCCAAAAAAAUAUCAUAUACAUGUUUCUGACAACUCUUUGUUUAUCCAUAAUUUGACGGUGAACGACUCUGGAUAUUAUAAAGCUCAAACUGGACAAUGGGAAGAAGAUGCAAUCAAGUACAUAUUGACAGUACAGGAGGCUGUCUCAAAACCGGUGAUCACUGUUGAUCACCAGAUAAACACCUCAUCUGUUUGCCACAUCUUGGUAACAUGUUCUGCUGAUGGCGACUCGGUGAUGUACAACUGUGAUCACCAGCAAUGCACUCUGACAAAUGCUACAUCCAACACAGUGAACCUGACUGUCAGCUAUACAGAUACAGAGGUGUUGGAAUGCACAGCCAGCAACUAUGUGAGCACGAAACAGACAUCAAUACACAAGAUUAACGCAUGUCCUGAAAAAUCACUACUCACAACAACAAUCAUUUUUAUAAUAAGCAUAGCAGUGUUUGCUGUUCUGAUGAUCUGCAUUAUCUUUUUUACAAUACCAGAAAGAAGAAGAAAAAAAACAGGAACACUGGAGCCUAUCCCAGGAGACUCGGAGGAAAAGGCAAGGUGAAUCAUGGACUGGGUCUUUCACAGGGCACAGUCACACUGACAUUGACACACUCUGGACAAUAUAGAGAUGCCAAUCAGCCUGCAACACAUGUCUUUGGACUGGGGGGAAACUGGAUCACCUAAAGGCACAUGGAGAACAUAACCUAGCAUAAAUCAUUAAAAAGAAAAAACAACAACUACUUUUUACUGUCACUGUUUUACGUUUACUGUUGAUCCUGUGAACAGCCAUGUUGAUCUGAUGUCACUUAGGACUGAGUAGAUUAGCAUUAAUUAUUAAAAGGGGCAUAGGGGACCAAACUGUGGGGAAAAUGGGAAAAAAAACAUCUCCCCUACCAUUAUACAAACUAAAUUUGAUUAAUACAUUUAUUAAAUAUCUACAUUUCUUUUACUUUAAAGGUACAGAAUGUCUUUAAAUGUUUUAAAAUGGGUUGAUUUGCUUUAAAAUACAGUACAGUAAAUGAACAUAAACCCACAUUAUUUCAAAAAUUCACUUUUUGUAAUUAUAUAUUUUUAAGUAAUGAUCAGUAACGUCUCAUAUGAUAUUAUGAUAUUGUCAGUCGUAAUAUAUAUUUUGAUAAUUUAUUAUGAUAGAAACAUUCAUUUUGCUUUUAUGUAUGUGUAAAUACUAUAACAUUGCAACUAGAAGAACAGUUCUAGCAGUUUUUUUAAACUGUUAGCCCACCUACUUCCUCUUGAGUUGGCUGCUGCUGAUAGACCACAGCAUGCAACACAUAAAUCUUUCACUUUAGACUAUAAACUUUCAAUCUGUUUGUAAUCUUUUACACUGUAAUCUUUUGUAAUCUGGUUAGUUUAUGCAAAUUAACCAACUCAAACAUACUGUAUAAACUUCAAGACAUAUCAGUGAAUCCUAAAUAGAAAAGAUUUUCUAUACAUUAGUAUAGAAAAAUAAAUAGCAAAAAAUCUCUAUACAUUUCUAUACAGUACAUUAGCUUUCUAUACAUAGUGUUUAACACUGUUUCUCUAUCCUGGUUCCCACUGUUUUGCCUAUUUUGAUGCUUUCCCAGAUCUCAGUCUCUGUGAAUUCUGUGUUCAUGAUGUUUUCUGAGUGGAUAUAUGAAGUCAAUUUGGCACAUUCAAUGUGUGAAUACAAAGAACAAUAUGGAAAA